AGUACGUCAGUUUGCAAUACUCGGAGCAUUUACGGUUCGCGGCAGUGCGAUUUCUGAUGAGCAAGACGAGAAAGACUAGAAGAGGAGAUUCGGAUCAUAUGUCUCUUUAAAGCCACUUAGCGAAGCGUUGCAUAUUCCGAAAGAGACCUACGUCUUUCCCCUCCGCCGCAGCGCACGCGCGCACGGCCAGUGUUCAGGAAUGGAUACGUUCAACUUGCUCUCCGCUGGAUAAGGAACUCUUUUCCUUGUUGGAUAUUAGAUGUUUUAGUGGAUUGCGUGCUGAGGAAUCGUUUGGGGAAUAACAUCGCUUUCAGGUUGACGAGGACUUAGACGCUGAUCGUGUUAUCUCAGAAUGGUUUCAUGGUGUCUCUUCAUGGUUGUCUGACAGAAGGAGACGCGUAGUAAAUACUGUGUGAAUUACUCGCCUACAUUCUUCUCUUGAAAUUGUUUGGCAAACACGCGGAUAUUUUCCGGAUCCUUGUUUUUGUUUCUGACACAGUGGGUCACGAAGCGGGUGGAAGAAAAGCAGGGCCAGCGACAUGAAUCCUCCGCGCUGUCUGCAGUAUGCAGACAUUCAUGUUGUUUUAUAGGCUACGGUUGCAACAAAGUUGCCUCCCGAGUGGAAUUCACACUACUGUAAUUAAAUAGCCAUUUUGCACCUGUUUAAAUGAAGCGGAGGGCUACGAUCUCUUAACGCCGUGUUUCGACACGGGCUUUGGAUUAUUUACUCGCCUCAACGUGCAUGGAUCAGUUGAACAGUUGUUUGUUUAUCAUACAACGGAGCUUAACAUCCAAGGUCAUACUGUAAAUUGUUUACCUAUUCUACUCAGUGUCUAUGGACGUGCUUUUUUUAAUUGUGUGGUAUCGAUUGGUUUUUACGUGAUCGAGUGUGAUUAUUUUAUUUUUUUAUUUUAUUUUUUUUGAGGGGAAGGCAUCGCACCAAUUUUUAAAAUGGAAGGGAAAGUGAAGCAGAGUCGCAGAUCCCGUUCGCAGCGGGAGAGGGGACGAAAACGGGAGGCGGGCGCCGGGGAAGCCCGCAAUCAGAGCCCUUCGUCUGGUUCCGAACGGGAGCGAAGUCCAUGUAAAAAGGCUCCGCCACGCUCGACAACCUCGAGCAGAGCCCCGCGACCCCCCCGGCGGAGGAGACGCGAGUCGAGUUCACAGGAGGAGGAUAUUAUUGAUGGAUUUGCUAUUGCCAGUUUCGUCAGUUUGGACCGUCUCGAGAACAAGAAUGUUUCCGUAAAACUCGCAAAGAAAAAAUGGGAGGAGAUCGUGGUUAAACGACAGGAGGCAGAGGAGAGUGUGACCCCUGAUAUAGACGAAAACUGCUUCGGCAAUCUGGCCACCAGCAUAGGACGAGACCAAGAGCGAGUGAAAGAUCGCCUUCUGAAGAACACAUACUCCAAGAAGAACAAACGGUCUAUAAGUCUUCUGAGCAAGGCUGGGCAAAAAAUUGUGGAGCCAGAGAUGAACACAGCACGCAGGAGUGGCUCUAAAGAUCGACUCAGUGAGAGCUCCACUCACUCUCUGUCAGGACGAGGGUACUCGUGUGACAGCGAGAGUGACAUCGAUGACAAGGCAUCUGAUGUAGGAUCAGAGAAGCUCUUCUCGCCUACUACACCAAAAGUUACGACAACGAAUGAGAAUCUCGGGUCCAAAACUUGCACAUCGACCAAAGUGUCCGGACUUCAGCGUAGCCAAGAACAGAGUAACGACAUUUCGUUUGUCCUGCCGAUCUCAAGUCCGACUCCUGCAUCGCCCCCUACAGGGUCUCCUGCCCCUGCUGCGGCGGCAGCCCCCCUUCCCAGACCACACCCUAUCUCCCCAAACCCUCUCAGUAUCAAGAAGGAAUCUUUGCCCCCUAUUCCGACCCCUCCCCUCCUGAGGAACCAAUCAAAUCCACCAGAGCACAGAGUCCCACCCCCGCCGCACCACACCCGGCCAAUCAUCAGUCAUCAUCAUCCUUCGCCAUACAGCAAUCUUCACGACAUCAGCAACUGCAACUUAUCUACUCUUCCACCCAAACACCACCUGCGUCACUCCCCUCAUCAUCUCAGCGGCCUCCCGUCUCCUGCUCCUCCUCUGCCUCUCUCCAUAGCCGGACUUUCCACCUCCCACUACUCCCUUCACUCACCCUCUCACCUCUCCAGCCAUCCGGCCAUGUUUGCCACCCCUGCCACACUGCCUCCUCCACCCACCCUGCCGACUAACAGCCUGGUGGUGCCAGGACAUCCUGCCGGACCACCCUACCCAGAGCAUGAUCUUCUGCGGCAGGAGUUGAACAACCGCUUCCUGGUUCAGAGCUCAGAGCGAGGUCGGGGGACGGCGCCAGGGGUGACAGGGUCACCAUUGGCCCCUGUGUCGCUCCUCCGGGCCGAGUUUCACCAACAUCAGCAUAUGCACCAACACACGCAUCAGCACACCUUCACGCCCUUCCCCGCCAGUCUGCCCCCUGCAGCCAUCAUUGGGCCGCCCACCGCACCUCCCAUGGUGUGUACCCCAGCCAGAAAUUUCGACAAAUACGCUCCAAAGCUGGACAAUCCUUUCCUGAGACAUUCAAAUUUAAUUCCCUCCUACCCACCAACAAUGCCGGGCAUGCCUCCAUUGCUUCCACAUUCAGGGCCCUUCAGUUCGCUGCAAGGUGCCUUCCAGCCAAAGGCCUCAAACCCUAUUGAUGUUGCAGCACGACCAGGAGCUGUCCCCCACACUCUCUUACAAAAGGACCCAAGGAUAACAGAUCCUUUUAGGACAUCAGUAAGAAAGCCUGGUAAAUGGUGUGCAGUACAUGUUCAGAUCGCCUGGCAGAUCUACCAUCAUCAACAGAAGAUGAAACAGAUGCACUUAGACCCUCAUAAACUGGACAUGAAUGGAAAACUUGAUCUGUUUAGCCGUCCGCCAGGCCCUGGUGUGUUCCCUGGGUUCCCCUACCCUCAUGAUCUUGCCAGGCCACUCUUUUCAUCAACAGGAUCGGGCCAUCCGGCAGCUUCACCGUAUGGACCGUCUCCUCAUCACACUGGCUUCCUGCCUCCCAGCCAUUUGGCAGGUAAGUAUCCUUUCAGUCGCUCCAGUACCUUUGGCGGCCUCAGCAACCUUUCAAGCAGUGCCUUCGGUGGAUUAGGCAACCCAACCCUUGGGGCCAACAGUGUGUUUGGACCCAAAGAGGGUCCAGGGCUGCCUGGUCUUAGUAGUCCCCAUCACGAUACCUGGCAUCGGCUGCACCGGACUCCACCCUCCUUCCCUACCCCUCCACAGUGGCCUAAAUCUAUGGAUGCAGAAAGAAGCAGCUCUGCAAACAGCCAUGACAGGGACAGAGACCGGGAACGAGAGAAAGAUAAAGAACGAGAUAGAGAGAAAAGAGACUCUUCUGUUGGAAAAGAAGAGAAAGAUAAGGACAGAGAUUCUGUUGACCGUAAUCGUCAUUCAAACCGCUCCUCUCCAGCUUCUGCUCCAGUUAGCUACCAGAUCAGCAGUCUGAUCCGCUCAAACAGUCAGAACUCCACCGACUCAGGCAGACACCGCAGUAGUAGUGCUGACCGCAACAGAGAACCAGAAAAAGAACUGUUGGACCACCAGCGAGAGGCUGCAAUGUUGGGAGACAUAAAGGUGAAGGAAAGUCGCUCUCCAGGCAAAGAGAUCACAGACAGAAGAUCCUCAGAUGACUCCUGCAAGCCCAUUCAGCGAUCGCCCUCUCCAUACUCAAAAAAUGCCCUUAACGGCGGAAUCAAGAUAGGUAUUCCAACACCGCUACCGAUUAAAGACACUGAAAGGGAUCGGAAGGAAACCAGCUCAGGAGAUCUGCAACACAAAGUAAAGAACGAUAUGAAGAUCAAAGAGGAACGCAAGGAAGAGCAGGACGUGGUGGUGGUUGGAUCUGAAGCAGCCCCCAAGCCUCAAAUCCCUCCCCCACCUCAUCAAACCACACCCAUUGCUCAUCACCACCCUCAACUGCCCCAUCAGCCACCUCCACCUUCUCCUCGCUGUAGUGACCCUCCUGCACCCGCCUCACUACACGGAGUCCCCAUGCCACAUUCACUCCCCCUCUCUAUGAGUGCCAUGCACCAAAUGGGUAGCCUAAACAUACUAGAACGCACUCGCAUGGCACCCUUUAUGGGUGUCAGCCCUCUUGCAGCGGGACGUGACCGCAUUCCUCACCCAGCAUUCUCCUGGGAUCCUUUACGAGAGGCGUACCGGAAUCUCGACCUGCAACGCCGCAUGGACUUCCAGCUUCGUUCUGAACCCGGACACCGAUUCCCUGGUGUCUAUGAUCCAGAACGGCCCUACCGGGAUCGAGAGCCACAUGACUACUCGCACCACGAACACCUUCUGGAAGUUCGACGGGAACAGGAGCGACAACGGCAACUAGCAGAGGAAAGGGAGCGCUUGCAUUUACGGGAGGAACUGGAUCGGGCAAGGCUUCAUCAACUUCACCAAUCACCCAUUGAAGGACACUUACCACAUAUGCCCCCAUUUAUGUCGCACCUUGGUGGGAUGCCGUAUCCGAGGCUAAGCCCUUCAACAGGACAUAAUGGACUUCUUAAUCGGACACCUCCAACGGCAGCACUAAGUGCCCCUCCACCUCUGGUACCCUCUGGCGCUGCCAGACCAGCAUCGCCAAGACGGACUACGCCAAUCACCACACAAGACCCUCGGGAGUACUCUCCGUCACGCAACCCCAAAGAAGUAGAGGCGCGGUAACACAUUAUGAAGGAAAAAAUGCCUUGUUUGAGUUUGACACAGGCAACAUGCACUUAUUUUCACACAAUGAUAAAUGAUAAAGAGAUAUGUGUCAUUUGUACAAAGAUUUGUACUUUUGAACAAGCACAUCACCAUUAUUUUAUUUUUUGGAGUCAAAGGAAUGAGUUGAUUGUUUCACCUCUUCAUAGCUCCAAAAUUAAAAUGUAAUCGUUAACUACCAACCAGAAAUUUGAUAUUAAUAUAUUAAACCAAUGCCUUUUCAGUUUUCAAUUCUGAAAUUAGUUUGUACAUUUCCUAGUCUUUUUCAUGUACAGACAUUUUUAUGUAUUUGCAUUAAGUUUCAUUGGUUUCCUGCCUUGCAUUUAUCCUAGUGAGCUGCUGGAUAUGGAUGUCUACAUAUCUGAAUUGUUAUGAACUCACUGUUUGACAGUUGAUUUGCUCUGUGGUACCUGGAGAUACUCAGUGCUUACCAGGUACAAAGUUACAUUUUGGAGUUUUUUUGUUUGCUCGAUUUUCUUUUGGAAUAUGCAGACAAAUACUGUAUGUAUUACAAUACUCUUGUUUGUUUUAUGUUAAGUUUAAAGAUAUUGUAAAUAUCUUGUUGAUAAUACUUGGAAUAAAAUUACAUUGUAAAUUUGUUAGGCUUUUUAAAUGUUUCUAAAAAAACAUUGAAAUAAAAUUGAACCACUUCAAGGUUGAAAACCAUGGUGACAUAGCUGGCCAGUCAGAGGAGAAGAAUCAUAUGGGGGCAGGGUCAUGGCGAUGCAAUCUAUGCAAAGAGGGUAAAGAGAGUUCUGAUUGGACGGUUAUCGAAAUGGAAAAUUUGAAUGUGUUCUAAAAAGAGAACCUGGAUUAUUCAUUUUUCCAAUGAAGAGCCAAUUAAACAAACAACUAUAAACUUCCGGGUCAUAAAGGAACUGCUUUAGCAGUUAAUCCAGCCACAGAAAAUGGACAUCUGAGAGACAUAUUGGAAUGGUUGUGUGGCAAUAGACUCUUUCUGUCGACCUUGUGGUGUUGUGCAGUUGUUUUUCUUAGACUCUUGUAUACAAAACAAGUAGAGCUUUAGGCGUGAAAAAAAAAUUAAAAUGAACAUUCAUGGUUUAAAAAUGUAUGGAAUAAAGGUUGGACCUUAUAUCUGCA